AUAAAAAUGGAGCCAAAAUGCUGCAAAAACCAAUGUCCAAGCGUAAGUGUGCAGCCUGCAAGAUUGUAGUCCACACACCCUGCAUAGAACAGCUAGAGAAAAUAAAUUUUCGUUGCAAACCUUCCUUCAAGGAAUCUGGAUCAAGGAAUGCCCGAGAGCCUACAGUGGUGCGGCAUCACUGGGUGCACCGAAGACGCCAGGAAGGGAAAUGCCGACAGUGUGGAAAGGGUUUCCAGCAGAAAUUUGCCUUUCACAGCAAGGAGAUAGUAGCCAUCAGCUGUUCCUGGUGUAAGCAGGCAUAUCACAGUAAAGUUUCAUGCUUCAUGCUGCAGCACAUUGAGGAGCCCUGCUCUCUUGGAGCACAUGCCGCCAUUGUUGUCCCUCCCACCUGGGUUCUGCGGGUUCGGCACCCCCAAAAUCCACUGAAGUCAAGUAAGAAAAAAAAGAGGACCUCAUUCAAGCGAAAGUCCAGCAAGAAGGGACCUGAGGAAGGGCGAUGGAAACCCUUUAUCAUCAAGCCCAUCCCAGCACCACUCAUGAAGCCACUGUUGGUGUUUGUGAACCCCAAGAGUGGUGGAAAUCAGGGAACAAAGAUCUUCCAGUCAUUCAUGUGGUACCUCAACCCUCGACAAGUUUUUGAUCUCAGCCAAGGGGGCCCCAAAGAGGCGUUGGAGCUGUACCGUAAAGUGCAUAACUUACGGAUUCUGGCAUGUGGAGGAGAUGGUACGGUGGGAUGGAUUCUCUCCAUACUGGACCAGUUACGCCUGAAUCCUCCGCCACCUGUGGCCAUUCUUCCCCUGGGGACAGGGAACGACCUGGCAAGAACAUUGAACUGGGGUGGGGGUUACACAGAUGAACCUCUUUCAAAGAUCCUGUCGCAUGUGGAGGAGGGGGAGAUUGUGCAGCUUGACCGCUGGAAUCUACAGGUGGAGCCAAACUUUGAAGCAUACCCUGAAGAGAAGGAUGAAGCAGCUACAGACAAACUCCCUCUUGAUGUCUUCAACAAUUACUUCAGCCUUGGCUUUGAUGCUCGUGUGACGUUAGAAUUCCAUGAAUCCCGAGAGGCCAACCCAGAGAAAUUUAACAGCCGAUUUCGGAAUAAAAUGUUCUAUGCUGGGACAGCUUUCUCCGACUUCCUCAUGGGGAGCUCCAAAGACUUAGCAAAACACAUCAAAGUGAUGUGUGAUGGAACAGACUUGACCCCCAAGAUCCAAGAUCUGAAGCCCCAGUGCUUAGUCUUCCUGAACAUUCCAAGGUACUGUGCAGGCACUAUGCCUUGGGGCAACCCCGGGGAACACCAUGACUUUGAGCCACAGCGCCAUGACGACGGUUGUCUUGAGGUCAUUGGCUUCACCAUGGCAUCCCUGGCAGCAUUGCAGGUGGGCGGCCACGGAGAGCGGUUGCACCAGUGCCGGGAGGUGGUGCUCACCACAUUCAAGGCAAUUCCCAUGCAAGUGGACGGAGAGCCCUGUAAGCUGGGGCCCUCCUGCAUUCGCAUUUCCCUGCGCAACCAGGCCAACAUGGUGCAGAAGACCAAGAGGCGCAACUCUAUGCCCCCACUUAACGAGCAGAACCCAGUCCCAGAGCGGCUACGAAUCCGUGUCAGCCGAAUUGGCAUGCGUGACUACGAGGCACUCCACUAUGACAAAGAGAAGCUCAAGGAAGCCUCUGUGCCUUUGGGAAUUAUUGUCAUGCCUGGGGAUAGUGACUUGGAGAUGUGCCGAACUCACAUUGAGAGGCUACAAGAGGAUUUCCCUUCACACCCUUCCACUGCUCAAAGCCUGUUCCUCCAGGAAGGGGAUGGAGCCAAACCAAAGACAAUGUCAUGCCAGAAGCUGUCCCCCAAGUGGUGUUUCUUGGACUCAACUACAGCAGAUCGUUUUUAUAGAAUAGACCGUGCACAGGAACAUCUGAACUAUGUGACGGAGAUUUCUCAGGAUGAGCUCUACGUGCUGGACCCAGAACUGGUUCUCACCCAGACAGUGGGCACAUCUCCUGCCAUGCCUGACCUUGUUGAUGUGCCCUCAACACCCACAAGGGAACACCUUACUGUCCCAACUUCAUCACCAUCCACACCAGUCUCCAGCUCAGAAAUGGGGAUCUGCCACCCCCUCAAAGAUGAUGCUUUGAUAGAUGCUGCCACGAAUAACGAUUUCCUCAAGUUCAGAGAAGUACAUCAGGCUGGAAGUAGCUUGAUGGUGCGAGAUCACACAGGCCAAACUGUCCUGCAUCAUGCAGUCAAAUCCGGGAGCAAGGAAAUUGUCAAAUAUAUCAUUGAAAAUGCUCCUGCAGAAAUCCUGGACGUGGCAGAAGAACAGAAUGGUGAGACCAGUUUGCACCAGGCCGCAGCCCUUCGCCAGCGCACCAUCUGCCAUUACAUUGUGGAGGCUGGGGCUUCACUGAUGAAAACAGACCUGCAGGGAGAUACACCCAAGCACAGAGCUGAGAAGGCAAAUGAUCCUGACUUGGCUGCCUACCUCGAAAACCGACAGCACUAUCAGAUGAUCCAACGGGAAGACCAGGAAACGGCGGUGUAGUCCUGAGUGUGCCUUAUCCCUGCCUAGGGGAGCAGGAGCAGAGUGGCACAAGAGCCAGGCCAGCCUUUCCUUGAAUAUCCAGCAUGGGGACAAUCAAGAGCUAAAUUGGGGCUUGGCCAUGGCUCCAUUAUUUAUUAGUGUAGAGGGUGUUGAGCAAUGCUGACUCCGUGUCUCCCACCACAUUCCAUGGAUGGACUCUGCUGCUGAAUGUUCCCUCACUUCCUGACUCUGGGUCAUACAGAGGGCCAUUUCUGUUCCCUUAAAACAUUGGGAAAGAAGAUCUUAUUCUUCCACCGGCAUCCCUCCUCACGAUGCCCCUGCACCUGGUGUAUGGUGUCUCCAAGGGGCAGUGUCCACAGCCCAUUCUGGCAUUCUCAUGGCCAGUUCCAGUCACCCCCUCUGAUUCCCAGCAGCAGCUGCUGUCUUUCUCAAUAGUUCUACCACUGUCGGUGUACAUUGCCCAGGUAUGUCCUAUUAACAGAAAUUGCUGGUGCGGUUUGUGAGGCAGAAACCUGUUAUUUACACAUUGCAGCAUUUAGUUGCUUGUGUGGACCUUGGCCAGCAGUCAAGUGGGCAAGUGUCCAAAGCAAACCAUGGACCAGUCUUGCAUCCAUUCUUUCAGAGUAUAUCAUCCCCUGUUCCCCUUGUUUCAUUUUCCAUGGGCUCCAUACUGCAUGGAACCCUGUGAAGAGUGCUUACAUAAGAGCAGGGAAGCCCCUGGUAUUUCCAGGAAGCACCAUGUCAAAUAAAUCCCUUUCCUCCAAGGUGACUGUUGAAGUUGUGAGCCCAGUGCCUGUUGCCCACCUUUGUUCCUAUCAAGUUUGUUUUUCUUUACUCUCACAUCCUGCUUUUCUUCUCCUAAUACUUGCUUAUUUGGAAGAACAUCAGCCUGCUGUGAACGUUACAAAGCCUGGUGUUGAGGCAGCAGGGAGUUACCUGGUGGGGGGGCGGGUGUGUGAAAUCUCACUUCAAAAUAGACCAUCUGCUGCUGUCAUAGUUAAGGACUAAGGGCUAUCUUUUGAUUCUCUUUGUACUGGCAAGAGGAAAACGCUUUUUGUUUGGGGACAAUAUGGUUGCUCCUUUAAUAUACAUAAUAAAGUGAUCAGAAUCCACUGACCAGUGGAUUAUCCAAGCAUGAGAAGAGCUAACUGUUAAAAGAGUAAAGAAAAAACAUUUCUUCAUAUUCCUGAUCCUGGGAUUUUGUUCCUGGGUCCCGCCCAAGUUUGUAUACAUACGCACACCUGUGAGUGGGAAAAUCAGCCUCCCUCUGGUCCAGACUUAUUCUGACUCAUUUCACCUUCCUUCAUAGAAAGCCUGUUAUUUGACCUGGAGCACAAUUGCAGGCAAAUCCUACUUCUCUUCCUAAGUUCCUUGCUUACCCAGGUCUGUCAGUUCUAACUCUUGAUAUUUUUGUUUAAACCAGCUUGUUUUACUAAAGAAAAAAAAUGUUGGGUGAACUCAUACCUUGCAGUGAUCUAGCAUGGACAGAAUCCUGUUUUCAGCUAAUUCUUAACCAAAAUAUUCUGGAACAUUUACACCUAACCAUCCUGAACAUCUCUAGAUGCUAAAAGGUUCAUUUCUGCCAUCCUCAGGACAUCCUGAGCGAGUUGCCAGCUGGCCUGGCACAGGCUGCACAUGGAAUGGGAUCAGCAUCCAUGGAGACUUGUGACUGGGUGGUUUGCAGUACUUUAAGCAGCCAAUCCUUUUAGAAGGUUUGGGGUCUGAGAUCUCUUUUUAGACUUAAUAAAUCUAAAUAACUUAAAAGUACAGUUUGAGAGCAAGAACAUUUGGACUCAGUAAGGCUUCUAAUUGUGUUCUGAAACAGCUGGGAGAUUAAUGUCUUCCUCUGGGAUAAUGAAAGCCAUGGAUGGCAAGGGAGUACAACGUAUUAUUGGUUUGCAAAAGAACCCUUUUCAUAUUAAAAUUACUUGACGUUGGUGCAUCUUUAAAAGGUAUGACAGUCACUGAGGACACAGGAAGGUAUGCAUGCAGAUCAGUUAUAGAGGCAACAUUUUGUAUUUUUGGGGGGUGGAAAUAUGCUGCAGAGAUCUGUCACCGUUGUUUCCCACAUUUUGAAAGGUUCAACCAGUUUAAGAUAAGGAACUGUUCAUCUAGCAAUCUUUCCUCAGUAGACACAACUUGUGUGUGUGUGUGUGUGUGUGUGAGAGAGAGAGAGAGAGAGAGAGAGAGAGAGAGAGAGAGAGAGAGAGAGAGAGAGAGAGACUACUAUUAUUAUAGAAGUGUUGAGAAUCCUUGAGAUGCUUGCUGGUGUGUGUCUGUGCUCAUGUAUCCUUUUGAAUCCUUUUGGAAGGUUACUUUUCCAUCUGAUUGCCCCAUUUCCCCACCAAGAGCACCAUGCAACUAAAACUACACAGAGGCACAGUUGCACACCAUAUUCCCGAGUGAGUGGUGGGCUCUCCUAAACCAGAAGCUUAUUCAAAUAUUGUCAUUUCCAUGAUCCUUGUACUUUUGCCUGUUUUCCUUUCCAGAAGUGUGAUAAAACAUCUGAUGCUUUUGAGACAAUUAGACAUGGUGCAGCCUCACAGCCACGGCAUUCAGAUGGCUGCCACUAAAGAUGGUUCCUGGUUUCCCUCUUAGAUAAUGGAUACUGCAGCUGAAGCAGAUGAUGGCAUUCUUAUGCUGUAGUCAAGCAACGUCCCACUGCCACACUAUGGCAGGGCAUAUGCUUGAGCUUAGAAUUGUGAAAACAGCUUUCCUAAAGCUGGAUGUUCAGGCCAAUCUCCUGGAAGCAUUUACGCACCAUAAGCCUGCUGUUGUUGUCUCAUCCCUUGUUUUAUAUGCUCCUCUGAAACUUUGUACAGGUAGUUCAAAAGCACACUGUUCCCCCAUCUCCUCUGUAUGUGUGUUUGUGCACGCGUGCGUGUCUGAAGCAGAGUUGCUGUGCAAUUCAAACCUUGGCUUAUUUUUAUUCCAAGAGGGAGGAGUGUUUCUGAGGAUGGAUUUUUCCCCCUGUGCAAUAUCUACUUCCUGUCUCCUAGAUUCUGUAUUAGAACACUUUGGAAUGACUGUAUUUUUUUUGUAACUGUGUUGGAAGCCUGUGCUUCCAUUGGCUUUUCUCUUUCACAGUUUAAAUGUUUUGUUGGUUUUUGCUAUUAAAAUACAAGGAUGGAUAUUUUA